AAUCAUUCUUACCUAACUGUGAUUACUACUAUUAAUCUAUUACCAUUUCAAUUCCCAAAAUAUGAGAUUCUUUCGAGGCAAAGAUGCCGUCGACUCAUCUCCAUCGCCGUCAACUGCCAUUCCGAUACCAUCUUCUUUGCCGGCAAUGUCGAUCACCGGACCACCGCGUCCGGUAAGGUUUGUAUACUGCGAUGAUCAUGGCCAAUUCAGGAUUGAUCCACAAGCUUUGGCUGUUCUUCAACUUGUUAAAGAGCCAAUUGGAGUUGUUGCUGUUUGUGGUCGUGCUCGUCAAGGCAAGAGCUUUAUCCUUAAUCAGCUUCUUGGGAGGACCAGUGGAUUUCAAGUCGAAUCAACUCAUCGGCCAUGUACAAAAGGGCUUUGGUUGUGGAGCUCACCCAUGAAGAGGACUGCUCUUGAUGGAACAGAAUAUAAUCUUAUACUGUUGGAUAGUGAAGGAAUUGAUGCUUAUGAUCAGACAGGAACAUACAGCACACAAAUUUUUUCCUUGGCUGUUCUCUUAUCCAGCUUGUUCAUCUAUAACCAGAUGGGUGGUAUUGAUGAGGCUGCAUUGGAUCGACUUUCACUUGUGACCGAAAUGACUAAACAUAUACGUGUCAGGGCCUCUGGUGGAAGAACCACAGCUUCUGAACUUGGGCAAUUUUCACCAAUAUUUGUUUGGCUUCUUAGGGAUUUUUAUCUGGAUUUGGUUGAAGAUAAUCAAAAGAUAACGCCCCGUGAUUAUUUGGAGCUUGCCCUGAGGCCAAUUCAAGGCAAUGGGGAUGAUAUAGCAACAAAAAACGAGAUUCGUGAAUCAAUCCGUGCUCUUUUCCCUGCCCGUGAGUGCUUCACACUUGUCCGUCCGUUGAAUAGUGAGACUGAACUGCAGCAUCUUGACCAGACACCACUGGACAAGUUUAGACCAGAAUUUAGAUCUGGUCUGGAUGCAUUGACUAGUUUUGUAUUUGAGAGAACUAGGCCCAAGCAACUUGGAGCGAUGGUGAUGAACGGACCUAUGCUUGCUGGUUUAACCCAAUCGUAUCUUGAUGCAUUAAAUAAUGGUGCUGUCCCUACUAUAAUUUCCUCUUGGCAGAGUGUUGAAGAAACUGAGUGCAGGAGGUCUUAUGAUAAAGCUGCUGAAGUAUAUAUGUCCUCCUUGGAGAAGUCAAAGGCACCUGAGGAAGCAGCACUUAGCGAGGCUCAUGAAGAAGCAGUUCUAAAUGCCUCGAGAGAAUUUAAUUCACAUGCUGUAGGAGCUGGCUCUGCGAAGCAAAAAUAUGAGAUGCUUUUGCAGAACUUUUUCAGGAAGGAAUUGGAGGAGUAUAAAAAAAGCGUUUUCAUGGAGGCCGAUUUACAAUGUUCGAUUGCAAUUCAGAAGAUGGAAAAGGAGCUAAGAACGGCGUGUCAUGAUUCUAAUGUGGAACUAGUUCAAGUUAUCAAGCUGCUCGAUGAACUUCUCUCUGAGUAUGAAGCAUCAUGUCAUGGCCCUGGGAAGGAAAAAAAGAAGGCUAAUUUCCUACAGCAAAGUUUGGAAGGUCCAAUUUAUGAUGUUGCUAAAAAGCAACUUGAUCAGCUUGGCUUGGAGCAAAGUGCCCUUACCUUGAAGUGCCGGUCGCUCGAAGAUAAGUUGGCUUUGCUUACCAAGAAGCUAGAAGCUAGUGAGAAGCAAAAAUUCGAGUAUUUGAAGCGCUCUGAAGAUGCUAUCAGUGACAAGAGGAAUAUUGCAGAUGAUUAUAUGAACCGAGUUUCUGACUUACAAAUUAGAUAUAGCUCUGCAGAAGAGAGGAGUUCUUGUCUAUUAAAAACCCUGGAUUCUGUCAAGAAGGAAUCUUUGGAUUGGAAAAAGAAAUAUGAAGAGGCUAUAUUGAAGCAGAAAGCUAAAGAAGACGAAACAUAUGCAGAAUUAGCUAUGCUCAAGUCUAGGAGCUGUGCUGCCGAAGCAAGUCUGUCCGCUCUUCGAGAACAGGCUCAGUCUGCAAAAGAAGAAGCGGAGGAGUGGAAACGGAAAUAUGAUAUGGCUUUUAAGGAGGCAAAAUCAGCUGUGGGGAAGGCAACUAUUGUCCAAGAAUGUACAAAUAAGAGUAUUCAGUUAAGAGAAGAUCUGCUUCGAGCAGAUUUUGCCAAGAUGUUGACGCAAAAGGAAGAGGAGCUCAAAGACAAGGUGGCAAAGAUGGACGAGGUUGAGCAGCAGUUGACAACUUUGAAGCUAGGUUUGAAGGAUGCUCAGUCAAAGAUUGUCAAUUAUGAUUCGGAAGCAGUGGACUUAAAAUGCAAGAUUAAGGAGCUGGAAGAGAAGUUGGAAGAAGCAAAUGUGAGGGCUCAAUCGUACGAGAGACAGUCCAAAAUACUUGAACAGGAAAAAGUCCAUCUGGAGGAGAGGUAUCAAUCUGAAUUCAUGAUGUUUGAUGAGUUACAAGAAAGAUUUAGAGCUGCGGAAACAGAAUGCAAGAGAGCUGUUGAGAUAGCAGAUAAAGCACGAGUAGAAGCAGAAAAUGCUCUGAAAGAAAAAACUGAUAUUCAAAAAAUAUCUAUGGAAAGGUGGGCCCAAAUUGAGAAGGCAGAGAGACAGAUCGAAAAUUUAGAGAGGCAGAAGAUGGACCUAGCUGAUGAACUUAAGAGAAUCCAAGUAUCUGAGAUGGAUGCAAAAUCUAAAGUAAUUUUGUUGGAGGGUAGACUAGAAGAAAGAGAGAAAGAAAUCGAAUCUCAAAUGAAAUUAAAUAACUCCGAAAGAGCUAGCACAGUUCAAGUCCUUAACGAUUUACUUGAGACUGAACGCAAUGCUCGAGCGGAAGCUAAUUGUAGAGCUGAAGCUCUUUCUGUUCAGCUGCAGGCCACACAGGGUAAGCUUGAUCUAGUCCAACAAGAGUUGGCUUCUGUGCGUUUUAAUGAAUCAGCCUUGGAAGCAAAGCUGAAGGCUAAUACUUCCAAUGAGAAACGCCCAAGAAUAGAUGCCCUUCCAAUGACGAUUGAUUCUCCCGAGGAUGACAGACUUAUCACUCGAGUCAAGAAAAGGCUGAAGAACAUUGGCAGCCCUUUUCGGCAAGCAGCACCACCAGAAGAUGAGAGUGGCAAAGAUAACAGCCAGAUUAACUCGGAAGAUUAUACCAAAUUCACCGUUCAGAAACUUAAGCAAGAACUUGUAAAACAUAAUUUUGGUGCCGAGUUGAUGAAACUAGCAAAUCCUAGCAGGAAGCAAGUCCUUACCUUAUAUGAACACUGUGUCCUGCAAAAAUGUUGAUCUGCAUAUGGCAUUUGGUAGACAAAUACUUUAAGCAUCUGAUUGUUUUGUGUAGACCUUUAAGCAAAAGUGCAGCUGCUCAGAUAGAACGGAUUCGCACAUCGACCAGCAUUUGAUUGGUAUUCAACUAUUCGUUGACAUGAAGUCCGCUGGCAUGCUGGUGAGCUUUUCUGACAUGCACAUACUCCUUCCAUGAAUCCUCAACUAUCUUUCUGUGAAUAUGAAUUCGAUAGCCUCGAAGCAUUUUUUGCAACUUUUUGUGUGAAUUUGUUCCUAAUUGAUAAUUGCAUAGGUCUAAUGCUACUUAGAACCUCUCAAACAUGAUAAUGGAUUAGUGAGAGUGAUAAUAUUUUGCAAAGUGUAUACAUGUUCUUGCAAGGGUGAGAAUCUUUUUAAUUUGUGGUGUGUUUAUAACAUUGGUUAUUUGUAUGUGAUUUUAGUUAACAGGGUUUGAAAGAAUUUGCGCUAAUUUGACUAAAUUUUUAUAUAAAAUAUCAAUGUUGCUCUUUGCUGGUGCAUAAUUCUUUUUAUACAGUAAAUUUUCUUUUCUAGUUUCGUCGAUACUUGUAAUUCAUUUCUCUAGUUAAAAAGACAAUGCGUUUUGGAAUCUAGGAUAUACGCUCAUUUCUGCUUUUGGGGACAUAUUUACAAUGCUUCAACUCAAAGUAAUGCUCAAGCAUAUCAAAUUUUAAUUCACACUCUACGGUCCAGAAUUGGAAUUCAAAGGGAAAAUACAAUAGAUUGAACCGCUGACAUUGUUUAAAAGAAUUUGUUAUGGUCAUGGUCAACACCCGGUGUCCUGCACAAAGUUGGGAUUUGAAAAGGAGAUUAACAGACAGAUUAUAGUGACUCACGAUUGUGACAGUUUUGACUCAAAAUCAAUAUUAUAAACUUUUUUGAUUCAGUGUAGGCUAAGGGACCAAAAAUACCAAGCAAAAUGUACUUGAUCACAAUCACAACCAUUGGGUUGGAAAAUUUCCAAUCACAAUUACAAUCCCAAAAUAAAAUAGUACAAUAAUACAACACUCAAUACAAAUAUAAUUUUUUUUUUUUUGAACAAUGUAGGCUAGAGAAUAUAUAC